AUGCCUAGGCCCACCACACACAAGAUUCCCAACGUAACCGUCCAUAACCUCAGCUCACGAUCUCUGAACACUGAACAACUAACACUACUCACUAAAGGACUCUCCUUCGCACCAACCCCUAACAUUGAUAAUACUGUACAAUAUCCCCAACUACUACGUCAAUACAAUGAGUUUGCAAGAUCACUCAGACCAAUCUACACACACGCAGUUACAAAACCGAACAUAACACCGACUAAAAAAGAACAACCUGAACAAUCCCUUACAGAUAGACCAUAUAUCUACAGACAAAUGAAAUUUUUACCGAAAUCGAAUCAUAUAACAUACACUCAAGUAUAUUCACGAAUGUCCACAUUAGAAGCGUACAUUGACCAAACAAAAACAGAAUUGGACGAAAAACUACCACUCAUAUUUAACCAAACAACAUCCAAUCUGAACAAACAUACAAGAUAUGCCCUCACCAAACUAAAAAAACAAAGAACAGAAAUCACCGUAAAACCAGCAGACAAAAAUCUUGGCAUAGUUAUACUUGACACUGACGACUACAUACAACAAUGCUCUCUUGUACUCUGUGACCAAAGUACGUACAGAUUAACACUACAACACCCAACUGAAGAUAUACAACAUCAACUACAGGAAACGACCAGAAAAUUUUCAACACAACUAAACGCAAUACACAAAAACCUCAAAAAAUGCUUACUACCCAACCCCAAAAAUACACAACCUCCCAAGUUCUACGGAAUACCCAAAAUACACAAAAAAUUUACGAAACUACCCCCAGUACGACCAAUAAUUUCCCAUUCUAAUUCCAUGCUCUCCCCUUCUGCCCACUUCAUUGAUCACGUACUACAACCACUCGCACGCUCUUACACAGAUUACCUACAAAACUCUACACAUCUACUAAAAUCCCUACAAGACUUACAUGUACCUGACGAUGCAAUACUAGUAUCAAUAGACGUUGACAGUCUCUACCCCUCUAUUCCACAAACAGAAUGCCUCGAUAUUAUUUAUAACCAAAUGCAUGAGCGAAAACAUUUACUUCUCUGUGACCCUAAUCUCAUCAUACAUCUGCUACACACAAACGUUAACUACAAUUAUUUCGAAUUUGGUACACUAACAUUUCAACAAAUUAACAGUACAGCAAUGGGAGCCUCCUUCUCACCAACAAUAGCAAAUAUCUUUCUCUCCAUAACACUAAACAAAUUUCUCGCAACACAACCAUUAAAACCACUCCUACUUAAACGUUAUAUAGAUGAUAUUUUCGUAAUCUGGCCACAUAGCUCUGAAGAACUAAACACCUUUCUCACAGCUCUCAACACCUUUCACUCGUCACUGCAUUUCACCUCCAGUUACUCUCAAACAGAAACCAAUUUUUUGGACAUCACUAUUUUUAAGCACGACACCUUUCCCUACACCAACACACUCGACACGAAAACAUACCAAAAACCAAAAAACUUAUAUCAAUACGUACAUUACAACUCAGCCCAUUCACGCAAAUUAUACAAAGGUAUUAUUCAAGGAGAAUGCAUCAGAUAUGUACGUACAAACAGCCUGACAAACAGCCUGACUAGCCACAAAACUCUACGCAAUGAAUUAGUGCGAGCACGAAUCAACCCCACAGACGAGUAA